AUGUCAUUAAUGACAUUCACGUUGAACAAUAUAAGGCGGAACUGUCAGCAUAAAGCGCGUCCACAUCGUUGUGGAUUGGGAAAUAUUUGGUCUUCUGGAGUUGAGGGCAUCGUGUUUGUUGAAAAUGAAGGAUCAUACAGCGUUGCUUUAUCAAGAGAUUCUACAACUCUUAUAGUAAAAAAUCCAUCCCAUUUAAAUAUUCUCCUCAUUGACCUAGGACAGUUAGAUAACCGACCAAUCCUCACCGAGACAAUAGUUCCAGAGUUUUAA